AGCGAGCACCUGAGUGAGGAAGAGCGAGCACCUACCUACAUACCAGACGCAACCCAAAAGAACGAUCUCUCGAGACAUGCAGGGCUCCCUCUUCCUUGACACCAAAACUCUUGCAUGGCCUUCACGCGGCCACACCCAAACCUCCUCCCACCACCUCCGCCGCCUCACUCCACCAAAUUCCACCAUCAAAUUCCGACAACCACAACCAAUCUCCGCCGUCGCCACCUCACCACCGCCAUCUCUAACUAGACAAAAGACCCACUCUAUGCCCCCUGAAAAAGUCGAGAUCUUCAAAUCGCUCGAGGGCUGGGCCUCCGAACACGUCCUCCCGUUUUUAAAGCCGGUGGACCAGUGUUGGCAGCCCAGUGCAUUCCUGCCCGACCCAGCACUACCCAAAGGGGAGUUUCUGGAUCGGGUUCAGGAGCUCCGCGAUCGGACCAAUGGGCUACCCGACGAGUACUUUGUUGUGCUCGUCGGGGACAUGAUCACGGAGGACGCAUUGCCCACUUAUCAGAGCAUGAUAAAUGGGCUGGACGGAGUUAGGGACGAGACUGGAGCUAGCUCGAGUCCGUGGGCUCGAUGGACUCGGGCCUGGACUGCUGAGGAGAAUAGGCACGGGGAUCUGCUCCGCACGUUUCUUUACUUGUCGGGUCGGGUGGAUAUGCUCAUGAUCGAGAAAACCGUACAGUAUCUUAUUGGAGCUGGCAUGGAGCCAGGGACAGAGAAUAAUCCGUACUUGGGGUUCGUGUACACGUCGUUCCAAGAGCGAGCCACGUUCAUAUCACACGGCAACACGGCUCGGCUGGCUAAAGACGGCGGUGAUCCAGUGCUCGCGCGCAUGUGCGGAACCAUUGCAUCCGACGAGAGGCGCCACGAGAUGGCAUACUCUAAGAUCGUUGAAAAGCUCCUCGAAGUGGACCCCACGGGAGCAAUGGUGGCGAUUGCUGAUAUGAUGAGGAAAAAAAUCACGAUGCCGGCGCACCUUAUGUACGAUGGGGAAGACCCCAAGCUAUUCGAGCACUUCGCCGCAGUGGCUCAGCGGCUGGGCGUGUACACGGCUGAUGAUUACGCGGACAUCUUGGAGUUUCUGAUCGGACGGUGGAGGUUGGAGAAGUUGGAGGGAUUGACAGCAGAGGGUGCGCGUGCGCAGGAGUUCGUGUGUGGAUUAGCGCCGAGGAUAAGGAGGCUUCAGGAGCGAGCGGAUGAAAGAGCACGGAAGAUGGGCCCGCAUGCAGUCAAGUUUAGCUGGAUCUUUAAUAAAGAAGUCGUGCUGUAAUUAAGUAAUUAAGAAGUUAAUUAGUAGCAAUGGGAAUGUAAUUAGGAACUUAAAUCAAGACUAUUUUGGUAUGUAAUUAGAGUACUUAAUCAAAACUUUCCUCUUUUUUUGGUAGUUGAAAAGAAUAUGUCGUGUUUUUUUCCCCACCUGAGAGAACAAUUUUCUUCAUUGUUUGUUGCUU